ACCCUAAUAUUUAGUUGGUGUUUUGAUCGAUGAUCGACGGAUCGAGCGAUGACAUACAUUAUACUCCUAAUAAAUUCAGAUUCUCGACCAACGCAUGCAUACGGUCUCCGACAAGUAUAGAGUAAUGAGCAUCAUUACAUCUGAAAAUUACGAUUGAUCGAUCGAGUAUGGAUGUGGCCGCCGCCGCCGCCGCCUCCUCUUCCUCUUCCUCUGAGUCUGUACUGAUGAUUAGGUUAUAUGUGGGGCACCUGCUAGCCAGAUGGGGCGCCAGGAUGUGGGAAUUCUCCGUUGCCUUGUACCUCAUCCAUAUUUCCCCGCACUCGUCGUCUUUGCUUCUUGCUGCCGCUUAUGGCGUCGUUGAAUCAGCCUCCACUGCGCUGUUCGCUCCCUUCAUUGGGCACCUCCUCAAUAAGUUUUCCUACAUUCAGGUACUCCAAGUUUGGCUUUUGACCCAGAAUGUGUCAUUUGUAGUUGCUGGAGGUGCUGUUGUUGUGGUGUUGGUCUACGCACAAUACAUGUCUGCAAAUUAUGUGGCAUUCAUCUCUCUCGUCAUAGUAAUUAAUCUCACUGGAGCUGUCGGAAUGCUUUCAACUCUGGCAGGAACUAUCUUGAUUGAAAGAGAAUGGGUGGUUGUGAUCUCAGAGUCGGAGGAGCAGCCUCCAGGAGUUCUGACAAAGAUGAACUCCAUAGUAAGAAGGAUCGACCUGAGCAGCAAGUUGUUUGCUCCUGUGGUGUCCGGAUUCAUUAUUAGUUUUGCAUCUCUAACUGCAUCCGCCAUCACCCUAAUACUCUGGAAUGUGCUGUCCGUCUGUUUGCAAUAUUGGCUUUUUACGUCUGUAUACAAUGGUUUCCCAAGAUUAAGAGAAAUCAGCCAACAAAGAGCUGAGGGAGGAGCAUCUGCAUCUGUUGAUCUCGAGAAACAAAGCUUGUUCAUUGAUUCAGAAACAGAUCAUGAGCAGCGCCUUAAAAAUAGCUCAAAAGGGGAACGGGAAGGGGUAGAUGAAAAGCUUCUGAAUAAUCUUCCUUACAUUGCUGCUUGGAGAUUAUACAUCAAACAAGAUGUAGUCCUCCCAGGGGUAGCUCUUGCAUUCUUGUUUUACAAUGUGCUUAGUUUUGGAUCGUUAAUGACAGCCAGUCUAGAGUGGCAGGGUGUGGCAACAUAUGUGAUCGGAAUAGGACGAGGGGUGAGUGCAAUAAUGGGAAUAGCUGCAACAUUUGUGUACCCUGUGUUAGAGUCGCGCAUUGGAACACUUCGGACAGGCCUUUGGUCUAUAUGGUCUCAGUGGAGCUGUCUGUUGGUAUGUGUUGGUUCAGCAUUUGUGAAGAAUGAGGUGGUAGCAGCUUAUAUGCUAAUGGGCGGGGUGGCUUCGUCGCGCCUUGGACUCUGGGUUUUUGAUAUGUGCGUGCUUCAGCAAAUGCAGGAUGAAGUUGCUGAAUGUGAUCGAUGCAUUGUGGGCGGUGUUCAAAGCUCCCUCCAGUCUGUGAUGGACUUGAUGACCUACAUUAUGGGCAUAAUAAUCAGCAAUCCACAGGAUUUCUGGAAGUUGAUAACGACAUCAUUUGUGGUGGUGACAGUGGCGGCCACCGUGUACGUUGUGCAUGUUUAUCGCCUGCGAAGCCAUCUGUUCCACUGGGACAAGCUGCUACCGCCGCCUCUCUGCUCCAUAUAUAUGGGAAUGGAAUACAAGAACCACAACAACAAACCACUGCGGGGUUGGACAAAUAUGAAUGAUUGAUUUGCAGGAUAAUUCAUAUUUAUGACUAACCCGAUCUCUGUUGCAUUAUAUAAUUAUUAUUAUAUAUUGGUGGGAUUUGCUGCAUUUUAAGAUUUUGGUAUUUUAAUGGGAGAAAAGCCAAAAUAAAAUAAAAAUUAGGGUGUUGAGAUGUUAGGCAUCGACAGCAUAAAUAAAUAGAUAAGUAUUAGAAAAGUGGCUGGUUGGCAUUUCCUUGAUGUCAAGUUAAUAAUUUCAGAAAAGACAGACAACAUCAAGUAGAUUAGACACUUGGGGUUACGUUGCGUUUUGAGUGAGAUCUCAUUUGAUUCGUCUUUGUCAUAAGACACAUGAUAAUAUUGUUGGCGCUACGUUUCGCUUCAC